AUGGUAAUUAAUUAAGUUGAUAUAUAAUACUAAUCUUAUUACUGGAAUAAAAUAAUUGUACAAUUAUUUACAAUGUUUAUUAAUUUGAUAUUUUUUAAAAACUCCCGCUUAUUGUAAUUGAUAAAUUAGAUUAUUAUUUUAUCGACUUGGACACGUAGGACAAAAAAAGGGUUCAGUGUUCCGACAAGUCAUCUGUCAAAUAAAAGUUGCACGAGGUUUUUAACUUGAUAUCUAAUAAAUAUAUAUUGUUUUGUUAAUAAUUUAAUAAAUAAAUAAAAAAUAUAACCAUGACAUCUAAAGUAACAUUCAAAAUAACCUUGACGUCUGAUCCAAAACUCCCGUUCAAAGUAUAAAUCCAAUAUUGUGUUGCCAGAAGAUGAAGGGAGGAUUUUAUUUAUUUUAAUAAUAAAAUAAUAAAGUUAAAAAUGGCCGAAGAAGGUUUUGAAGAAAUAAUAAAAACAAUAGAUACAUAUAUAUCAUUGAUAGAAAACAAAAACAAUAAAAUAACAAUUGAAAAUGUAUCAAAAGCAUUUGACGUUUCGUUGUUCGUUGAGGCCACAAUUGCCAGAGCUAAAGAUGACAAUAAAUUACAAAUAUUUGAAAGUAAUUUACAUGGAUACUGGAGUACUAAGAAACGUACACGUUUGUACACGUGUACAGAAUUACAGUUAGCAUGUGACCGUUUGCUUGAAGUAUUUUUGAAGGACAGCAAAACGACACGUGAUAUUAUUGAUAAGUUGUUGCAUUUAUAUGUUCAGCAUUGUGGCCAUGAUAGAUUAAAUACUUUUUUUGAGACUCUUUUGACUGAUGCUUUAGCUGCUAAUGUCUUAUUAAAUUCACUUGUCGACAUCGGAUUGCCCACGGAAACAAUCGAAGAUGAAGCGCGAACUAUUGCGUGGGAUCACGAAGCUUCUUGUGGUCGAGAUGAACAAGUCAAUCAGUUGAUCCAAUUAAUGGUUAUCGAUGGACAUAUUGAUAAAGUACUUGAUACCUUCUCUAGUUUGAAUACCGAUAGCCCAGCGAGAAAAUUAAUUUUAAAUAAUUUAAGUAAAUAUACUCAUGACUACGACGUUCCUGUAUGUUUAGCUAUCACUGAUGUCGAUAAAAAAUUACUACGUCUACUUUUAGACGACUGUGAUUUCAAAAAUAAUUUUAUCGAUGCUAUUUUUUAUUUCGGACGUAAUAUGAACUGGGACGGCAGCACGUGGAAAGCUGAUCAUUCAUUUGGUUACUUGCAUUUAAUUAAAAUAAUUCGUAAAUUAUUGUUUGUAUCGGAUGAAAUAAAUAAAGUUAUAACUGAUCGUUUGCAGUUGGCUAAAGCACAGAUCGAUGGUUCUAUUUGGGUUGAAGUUGAACGGGAUUGUUUACUUUAAUAAUUAAUUAUUAUUUGUUAUUUAAUUAUUUUAUUUAAAUGAUGAAAUGCUUUUUUUGUAUAAUCAUGUUAAUAAAUUUAUAUUAAUACGUAUUUUUAUUUUAAUUAUCGUUUAUAAUUUUUAA